AUGAAGAUCAUAACGAUAUUUUUAAUUUUGUGCUAUCUCGCAUGUUUCGUUAAUGGCGCUGUUAGAGUCAUCGGUUCUCAAGUGUAUUUUGAGAAGGUAGCAAAAAGAGUGGUGGAAAUACUUGAAACACGUUUUAUCACUGGAUCGGAUCUACCAAUCGACAGUUAUACAGCAAGUAUUAACAUCACAUCACAAGGCAUCCGUCUGGAUGGAGAUGUGUCAUUCCAUUCGGCUUUUGUGGCCCGCAUUGGUGAAAUACAGCUCAGUACUCAACGUUUCCGAGAAAUUCUUCUGGAUUCGGAAGUACGUUUCGAGUCGGAAAUGCUGUGGCUGAACGUAGCGGUUGUGCUAGAUUUUACGGCCGAUCUUGAAGGUUGGCAAGGAUCGGGAACAGUGUUGGUUACGUUUGCGCAGCUCCAGUUUCCAAUCGUAACUAAACGUGAAUUCGCUUCCGGAGAAGUCAGCGGCAGUUUAACUUUCAUGAGCAUUAGUAAUCAAAAUGAUAUCACCAUUGUGGGCCAUCCGAACAACGCCCACGUGCAGAUGAUUGCGAGAGCAAUUAACACAAACUUCGAUUUCCGAAAUCACAUGCUAGAGCCUUUCAGACGAUGGAACUUUCAAAACAUUUUGAAUGUCGUACUUGCUGAAAUACCUUUCCCUGAAGUGUGCUACAAUUGUUGAUAACUUUAAUCUUUAGUGAAAGAUUUGGUAACAUCAACAGACAUAAAUAAAAGUUGAAUA